AUGCUCGGCAGUCCAACAUCCUGGCUGCAAGUCAGCCCGCUCGAAAGCCUGGUUACGCGCGCGUGCGACCCAUCUCUGCCGGAGCCCAACUACGCGCUGCACCUCGAAGUCGCGGACUACAUCAACAAAAAGAAGGCAAACACUCCGCGCGACGCCGCCAUGCUCAUCGCCCGCCUCGCCAACCACCGCAACCCGCACAUCGGCAUGCUCGCGCUCGCGCUCCUCGACACCCUCGUCCAGAGCUGCGGCUACCCCUUCCACCUCCAGAUCGGCACCAAGGAGUUCCUCAACGAGCUCGUCCGCCGCUUCCCCGAGCGCCCCCCGCCCUUUCCCGGACCCGUCAUGCAGCGCAUCCUCGACCUCAUCCACGCCUGGAAGGAGGGCAUCUGCGCGACCUCGCGCUGGAAGGAGGACCUGGGCAAUAUCAGGGACAUGCACCGCCUGCUCACGUUCAAGGGCUACCGCUUCCGCGAGCUCCCGCGGAAUAACAACCAGUCAUUGGCGUCCGCGUCCAACAUCAAGUCCGCUGAGGAGCUGGAGGCAGAAGAUCGCGAGGCGCAGCAGGCAAAGCUGCAAGAACUCAUCCGCAGAGGGACACCGCGCGACCUCGCCGCCGCGCAGGAGCUCAUGAAGGCCCUCGCCGGCGCGAACCCGGACGCCAGGCCCGACUACCGCUCCCAGGCGCUCAACGAGCUCAACAAGCUCGAGCAGAAGGUCAUCCUCAUGAACGAGAUGCUCGACAACGUCGACCGCGAGCGCGGCGAGAAGUUCGUGGCGGGCGACGUGUACGACCAAGUCGCGUCGAUCCUCGUCGGCGCGCGCCCGAGAAUACAAAAGUGGAUAUCGGACGCGGAGACGGACGACCCCGAAUCGCUAGACACGUAUCUUCAAAUAAACGACCAAAUCAACAACGUCCUCGCCCGGUACGAAGCCUACAAGAAGGGCGACUAC